AUGACGAUGCUCGCCGUGGCGCUGCUGCUGCUGGUGCUGCUGGCGGGGGCGGCGGAGGGCCUGGGGGUGAACUGGGGCACGCAGGCGUCGCACCCGCUGCCGCCCAAGGUGGUCGUGCAGCUGCUCAGGGACAACGGCAUCAAGAAGGUCAAGCUCUUCGAGACCAACCUGGACGCCAUGCGCGCGCUCGCCGGCAGCGGCAUCGAGGCCAUGCUCGCCAUCCCCAACAACAUGCUCCACGACAUCGCCCAGGACUCCGGCGCCGCCAAGGACUGGGUCAAGAGCAACGUCAAGCGGUUCGACUUCGACGGCGGCGUCGUCAUCAAGUACGUGGCCGUCGGCAACGAGCCAUUCUUGGGAGCGUACAACGGCUCCUUCAUCAAGGUCACCUUACCGGCUCUGGAGAACAUCCAGAACGCGCUCAACGACGCCGGGGUUGGCGACCGGAUCAAGGCCACGGUACCUCUCAACGCCGAUGUGUACAACUCCCCAGCCAAGAACCCCGUGCCGUCGGCGGGCCGGUUCCGCUCCGAUAUCUCCGGCGUCAUGACGGACAUCGUCAAGUUCCUGGCGAAGAACAAGGCACCCUUCACCGUCAACAUCUACCCGUUCCUCAGCCUGUACCUCAACGACAACUUCCCGCUCGACUUCGCCUUCUUCGACGGGGCCGCCACGCCUGUGCACGACAACGGCGUCACGUACACCAACGUGUUCGAGGCCAACUUUGACACACUGGUGGCGGCGCUCGUGGCGGUAGGUCACGGCGACAUGCCCAUCAUCGUCGGCGAGGUCGGCUGGCCCACCGACGGCGACAGGCGCGCCAAGUCGUCCCACGCGCAGCGGUUCUACAACGGGCUGCUGAAGCGCCUGGCGUCGAACCGCGGCACGCCGGCGCGGCCGAGCCAGCACCUGGAUGUGUACCUGUUCGGGCUCGUCGACGAGGACCAGAAGAGCGUGCAGCCGGGCAGCUUCGAGCGACACUGGGGCAUCUUCCGAUACGAUGGGCAGCCCAAGUUCGCCAUGGACCUGAGCGGGCAGGGCCGGAACACGAUGCUCGUGCCGGCGAAGGGCGUGCAGUACCUGUCCAGGACGUGGUGCGCGCUCAACCCCAAGGCCAGCAGGAACGACCUCGGCAAGCUCCUCGGCGCCAAGAUCGACUACGCGUGCACCAACGCCGACUGCACGCCGCUCGGCUACGGCUCGACGUGCAACGGCAUGGACGCCAAGGGCAACGCGUCCUACGCCUUCAACGCAUACUACCAGGCGCAGAGCCAGAAGGACGAGGCCUGCGACUUCCAGGGCCUCGCGCUGCCCACCGAGACGGAUCCCUCCACCGCGGCGUGCAACUUCACCAUCCAGAUUGCCACCUCGGCGGCGGCGGCGGUGCGGCUCAGAGUGGCGGCGGUGGCUGCCGCGCUGGUGGUGGCGUCGGUCCAGCUCUUGCUGUCGUGGUAG